GCACAGCGACCACGGAGCAUGUAUGCAGGCUCCAUGUCUACUCCAGGCUAUCCUGGGGUCUGCACAUCAUAUCGAACUCACUGUUACAUCCCAGUGACUUCUUCUGUUACUCUUAGCUCCAAUGAUUUAAGCCCUGCCUGUGGACACUACUUACCCAGUAGCUACCAAGGAAAUCUCUGGCUCCUGGAUUACUGCCAAGAAUCCUACGGUGAAGCACCAACCUGCGAAUCUCCUAGCUGUGAGCCCAAGACCUGCAGCACCACUGGUUGUGACCCAUCAGACUCCUCUGUGCCCUGCAACUCCCCAUCAGCAGGCCAAGUCUUCAGUGUCUGUGAAACUACCAACAUCAAACCCAGCCCCAGCUGCAGCCCAUGCACUCAGAUCAACGGGUAUGUAUGCAAUUGCCACACACCCACUCGAAGUGCAUCCAAAGCCUGCCAAACCCUCCACAAUGGUUCCAACUGCUUUGGACAGCUUAACUGCUCAUCCAAGAGUUUCCAAACUCUAAACCACUGCAGAUUGAGUACUUUGGGGUAUAAAAGCUACCAAAAUCCUUGCUUCAUACCCAGCUACGUCUCACCAUUAUGUUAUACUUCCAACAGCUGCCAACCCCAAAGCUAUUUAAUGAGAAAUUAUCACUAUUCGAGCUACAGGCCUACGAGCUGCCGACCACUGAGCUAUUUAUCUCGAAGCUUCAGGUCUCUGAGCUGUAUACCCAGUACCUUUCCACCUCUGAGGUAUUUAUGCAGUGGUAGCAGACCUCUGAAAUGCUAUUGACCAGCUUACAGAAUUUAUAGCAACUGGAAAUUGCCCAGUGGG